GCGCAGCAUGGCCGCGCUGCGCAGCGCCCCGGCCCCGGCCCCAGCCCCAGCCCCAGCGCCGGCCGCGGCCCCGGCCCGCCCCUCCGCUCCCCGCCGCUCCGCGCCCGCCCCGGGCCGCGCAUAAAAGGGGCCCCGCGGCCGCCCGCCCCCGCCCGCCCGUCGCUCCGCGCCGCCGCCCGCCGGGCGCUCCGACCAUGGCCAAGGACCAGCUGAAGCCGCGGCUGUGCCGCAUGCUGAAGGGGGAGAGCGGUUACGGUUUCCACCUGCACGGCGAGAAGGGCAAGAGCGGGCAGUUCAUCCGCAAAGUAGAGCCCGGCUCGCCGGCCGAGGCGGCGGGGCUGCGCGCCGGGGACCGCGUCGUCGAGGUGAACGGGCUCAACGUGGAGCAGGAGACGCACCACCAGGUUGUGCAGCGCAUCAAAGCUGUGGAGACGGAGACCCGCUUGCUCGUGGUAGACAAGGAGACGGACGAGUACUUGUGCAGCCUGCGCCUGACGUGCACGGAGGAGAUGGUGCACAGCGGGAUCCUGCUCAACUCCAGCGUCUCACCCACCAAGUCGGUGAGCAGCGACAACGGGGAGGUCUGGAAGCCACAGCUGGAUCUGAGCGGGGGCAGCCUCCAGCGGCACUCACACAGCUUCUCCUCGCACGGCAGCAGGAAGGAUUUAAACGGACAGAAAGAGCUGUGCCCGCGUCUCUGCCACCUGAAGAAAGGCCCCAAUGGCUACGGCUUCAACCUGCACAGCGAGAAGUCCCGGCCAGGGCAGUUCAUUCGCUCGGUGGACCCCGACUCGCCGGCCUCCAGAGCGGGGCUGCGGCCCCAGGACCGGCUGGUGGAGGUGAAUGGCAUAAACGUGGAAGGCCUGCGGCACUCGGAGGUGGUGUCCCACAUUAAGUCCAGGGAGAAUGAAGCCAGGCUCCUGGUGGUGGACCCCGAAACAGAUGAUUACUUCAAGAAGCUGGGGGUGACCCCCACAGAGGAGCACACCAAAGGUGUGGUACCUCAGCCCAUGACAAACGGAUCCGCACAGACGCAGCUGAAUGGAGGAUCUACAUCUUCAUCUCACAGUGACCUUCAAAGUCCUGGGAAGGAAUCAGAGGAUGGAGACGCAGAGAAGAAAGACCCAUUUGAGGAGAGCGGGCUGACCCUGAGCCCAACGGCUGCCGAGGCCAAGGAGAAGGUGCGGGCCAAGCGGGUGAAGAAAAGAGCUCCGCAGAUGGACUGGAACAAGAAGCGAGAGAUUUUCAGCAAUUUCUGAGCCUUGCUGGUGGCUGCCGUCCGCUGCUCUCCUGCCCCUGCCCCAGCUCGGACGUUUCUGAGGUGCCUACGCCCUGUCCUUCAGUGUCCAUGUGAGAUGCUUUGUGCUCUGCUCUUCACUGGUUGCUUUUACAAGGUGUAUUUUAAAGUCUUUUAUUUUUUAUUUUUUAUUAUUAUUGUUACUCACCAGCAAUUCUCAUAAGACAAAUGUGACCAAAGCUCCUUUUCUUGCUUGCUCUUCAGCCUGGCUCUGGCUGCCUGCCAUCCCCCAAUCCUAGGAGAAAGGACUGGAAGAGUUUAACUCUUGUUUCUUACUUGCAUCAUUUAGGCUUCUGUUACUUUUUUUUGUUGUUGUUUGGAGUAUUUGUUUUGGUUUUGUGGGUGUCCCAGACUGAGCCCCAUGGGAUGCUCUGUGCCCCUGUGCAAACGUCUUACAGCCUCAUGCCCCCACCGUGGUGGGGUCCUGCAGGAUGGGGUGUACCUGGCACCCCCUGCCCGGCUCCCUGUCUGCAGCGUUAACUACUCACACGAUGGGAAAAUGGACAGUGACUGUAAACUGCUCCUGUUGGCUUUGCUAUUGAAACAAGAAAGUUUUUGCUGUUUUUGUUUUUUUAAUGAAGUCCCAUAUGUUUCCAGUUAAUUUAGGAACCUCCCUCCCCACCAGUGACUUCUGCCCCAGCAAUAAAAGCCCCUUUUUCAUCCCCAACAGCCCUGCAGAGGGGAGAGGGCAGGAUUUAAAAACAAAACCCAAACCCAACCGCCCAAAUGCCACAGGCCUCACCACUUGCAGCCAUCGAUGCAGCACUGAGCGGCAGGGGAAGGCAGGGAGCGGGGCCAGUCCUGCCAGCCCAGCUCCGGCAGCCUUGUGAGAAGACCAGAGCCACGAGAUGCUACAAAACCUCUCUGGACAGACUUGAAAGCGAGCACAACCCAGCAUCGGUUUCCAGGGAGGAACGUGGGGAUCUGGCUGUAGCUGUGGGCUUGGCGCUCGGGAAGUGGGGGCUCAGCAGGGGCUGUGCCUGGGUGCUGGGUCCUGGAGCAGGACCUGGGUCCCACCUGGUUUAUUACUUCUGGGCUGGGAUUUGAUGCCUCCAGCCCGUGAGCGUAACUGAGGGUCUGUCUUGCCAUCAGGAGGGUGUCCUCCGAAGCUGUGGGGUCUCUGUGGGGCUGGCUGCAAAGCAGGCAGCGGUGUGAUAGAGUGAGCAGUUGCUUUGGCUUUCUGUGGCCUCCUUUGAAAACAGCCUGCUUUUGGUAUUAGAGCCUCAAAAAAGUAUCUUUAAAGCACUACAAAUUAAGCCUAUUUAAGCUCUUUAUUACUUGCCUUUGGCUGUAAAGGAGGGAAGAUGACUAAGCUGAACUACACCACUCUCAGACUGCAGACAGAGGUGUUUUACCAGGGGAGGGUCCUGGCUGCGGUGGGGGAGCCCCUUCCUCCCCUCCCUCCCACGCCACACUGGCUGCCCGCUAUUUCAGCUCAAAUGCCGAGGCAGCAGUGGGAAGGGACUGGGCACAGCAGGACAGUCGAGUACAAACCCACUUUCCCCAGCUAAAAGCAAAUGGCAGCGAUCACUUGGACAUCGAUGACCAUUUUAAAACACAUGGCUGUGAUUUUUGCCCUGUGUUACUCCAGCACUGCUAUGUUACAAGCCCGUGGCCUUUGGGUUACUCAGUGUGCAAUGGAUAUCAUAAUGGCUGUGUAUUUCCUAAGUAUUGAGCUAAAAAAGGUGCCUUAUAACAUUUACUGCUCUCCUUGGCAGCCUGUUGAGGCUCAGCCAGCAGCGGGUGGGUGUGGGGUGGGGGGACCGCAGCAGUGGUCCCCCACAUUAGGCUUCACUGUGGGGAGCAGCUGAUGCCCAUGGUGGUUAGCUGGCUGGCAGGAGAGCAUGGAAAGCCUCAGGGGUGAUGGAGAUGAUGGAGAUGAGUUCUUUUUUAUGAAGGUUACUUUUAGGAAUGUUGAUGGGCUGAACAGGUUGAAAAUAAUGACUUUGGAGAGGAACCGGUGCAGGUGUUUGGCUAUCGGUGACAAGACUGGCAGGGGGAUGAUGGCUCAGGAUGCGGAGAGGUUUGCCUCCCCUCCAGGAUUCUGCCAUUAACAAGACACCUCUUCCUUACCCCACUUUGAAGACAAUUACCUGCUUUUUUUUUUUUUUGUCCCCAAAAUAUUUGCUUCUAUAAAUCAGUAAUCUUUUGAAGGAGCCCUUCUUUUUCAUGGUAUGCGCAUUGCUUCCCCUGCCUGCAUAGCCAAACCCCAGGCAGUGCCCCGGUCUGCACAGGGCAGAGCGUUCCCCAUUACACUGACCUAAAUGUUGUACUCUCCGAUGCAUGUCAGAGAGCAAAGACCUGUUGUAAAUACCACAUUUCUCAUACAAGACUGGACCACUGUAGUUAAGGGGGGAAGAAAAAGAACAUGUAGUUUUGGAUGCAGAUCAAAAGAAAUCAGGUGUGCAAAUCUGUACUGAUAAGAUUUAAAAAUCUUAAUCUCUGCUUAGUCCAUGGAAACUGCUCCUGGUUAAAGCACUUAUCGUAUUUCUGACAUCUUGUAGCUCAGUAGUAAUUAUUCAGUUCCUGUACAUUUAACUUGGGAAAAAAAUCAAUAAAGUAUAAGGCUGUCAGCUGCAUUGUAAAAACAUAAUGUACACUGUAAUGUCAGUAAUAAACUUUGUUUUCCCGUGUACUGAG